AGGAGGCGCCACCAUCUUUGGGCUCCUGGCCCCUACAGCGGUUAGUGGCGGCGGGAGCUGAGGAAGUAGGUGGGCCGGGUCGCGCCGCCUCCGGUGCCGGCCGUCCCUCCGUCUACCUUUCCGCCGCGGGCUCACCAUGCCGCAGUAUCAGACCUGGGAGGAGUUCAGUCGCGCGGCCGAGAAGCUCUACCUCGCCGACCCUAUGAAGGCACGUGUGGUUCUCAAAUAUAGGCAUUCUGAUGGGAGUUUGUGUAUUAAAGUAACAGAUGAUUUAGUUUGUUUGGUGUAUAGAACAGACCAAGCUCAAGAUGUAAAGAAGAUUGAGAAAUUCCACAGUCAACUAAUGCGACUUAUGGUAGCCAAGGAAUCCCGCAGUGUUGCCAUGGAAACAGACUGAAUGGUUUGAAAUGAAGACUGUUUGACAUGUUCUUAGGAGUAAACAUCUUUUGAAUUUGAGGAAGUGUUGGGACAGAAAAUACUUUAUGUAACUAAGUGGGCUAUUCAGAAGCCAAAAGAUCAUUUUUUUGUACAUUGUUUUUUUAAUGUUUCCUUUAGAGAGCUGGGAAUAGAAAUGAUUUCGAUUAGAAAGCCUUUAUUUAUUUUUGGAAAUUGAACAAGAACUGCAUCUAUCUUGGGAACUUUUUGCGGAUUAUUUAAUGCUGGGCAAAAUAUAUAGCUAUUUCUUUUGGUAAAUUCGUAUUGGUAAUUUGAAAAUGAGAUGUCAAGAAAAGUCUAUUCUUUAAAUUUAGUUUAUCCAUCUUUAAAAGAAAAUUAAACUCAACCAUUUUACCGAAUCGAUAGACUUCUUUUGGAGCAUAAAAUUUGUAUUGUUGAUGACUAACAAAUAUAAACUAUGGUAACUAGAAUUAACUGCAUAGCAGUAUACCUAACAAUAUACAGUAGUAUAGUCUAGAUUGUAUCUGAAAAUAAUUAUGAAAACAAGUAUGCUUUACCUUAAACUUUCAAAACUUAAUCUAUAUUUUUGAGUAUAAGAGUUUUAUAAUAUUAAUAGUUUGUUGAGCAGACUUACUUUGAAUCUAGUUUUCAGUGCUCAAAACAACUGCAGUUCCUUUAAAUGCAUGAACAGAAUAUUCAGCGAUGGACUGAAACCAGCAUGUUACAGAAGUAUUUGCCACACAUUUCCCAUCUGUAGUUUCUAAGAAGGGCUAAGGAUUAUGUAAAUUGUUAAAUUUUUGCAAAGCUCUUUGACACCCCUCCCCAUUUCUCUACUUAUCCAGCGGGUUAGCUUGACUGUCACACUUGUUAUGUUUUCCAUUAAACCAGAAGUAUGAUAUUUAGUAUUAUCUAUUUGUAACCUUAAUUUUACCACCUAAAUGUAAUGUUCACUUGUCGAUUCCUACAUUAAAAUAUUUUUGGUAUGGAACUUUCCAUAUUCCAUUUUAAUAUGGAAAGUUCCAUUAGCCAUACAAAUUUUGACAUGUUUCAGAGAGGUCAAUAAAUAAAAUAUUAUGUGGCUAUAUAUUA